GCGCUCCUUUUCGGCACACCAGACCCAGCAGCAGCAGAUCGAGAGCAGGCACACAGAGCUCGCCACCUCGCCCUGGUCCUCAGUGAGUGGUGACUCACCGAGUCAUUGUGCAUUAGCUGACGCAGGAAUGGCGGGCACGGCGGCGGCGCUGAAGUUCGCGGUGCGGAGGCGGCCGGUGGUGCUGGUGGCGCCGGCGGCACCGACGCCGCGGGAGCUGAAGCGGCUCUCGGACAUCGACGACCAGGACGGGCUGCGGUUCCACAUCCCCGUCAUCCAGUUCUACCGACGGAGCGCGCUGAUGGGCGCGCGCGACCCCGCGCCGGUGAUCCGGGACGCGGUCGCCAGGGCGCUGGUGCACUACUACCCGUUCGCCGGGCGGCUUAGGGAGCUUGAGGGGCGCAAGCUUGCGGUGGAGUGCACCGGGGAGGGCGUGCUGUUUAUCGAGGCCGAGGCGGACGUCCGGCUUGAGCACUUCGGGGACGCGCUGCAGCCGCCGUUCCCGUGCCUCGAGGAGCUCGUCUUCGACGUCCCCGGCUCGUCUGAGGUCCUCGGCUCACCGCUGCUCCUCUUCCAGGUGACGCGGCUGGCGUGCGGGGGCUUCAUCCUGGCGGUGCGGCUGCACCACACGAUGGCGGACGCGCAGGGGCUGGUGCAGUUCCUGGGCGCCGUGGCGGAGCUGGCUCGGGGUGCCGCGGCGCCGUCGGUGCGGCCGGUGUGGGGGCGCGAGCUUCUUGAGGCGCGCGACCCUCCGCGGCCGGGAUUCGCGCACCGCGAGUACGACGUGGUGCCGGACACCAAGGGCACCAUCAUUCCGCUCGACGAUAUGGUGCACCGCUCCUUCUUCUUCGGGCGCCGGGAGGUCGCGGCCAUCCGCGCCCACCUCCCGCCGCACCUCCGCUCGCGCGCCUCCACGUUCGACCUCCUCACGGGGCUCCUGUGGAAGUGCCGUACGGUGGCGCUGGCGCCGGACGCCGACGAGGUGAUGCGCAUGAUCUGCAUCGUCAACGCCCGCGGCGGAAAAUCCGGUGCCGCCAUCCCAGAAGGCUACUACGGCAACGCGUUCGCGUUCCCGGUGGCCGUCGCCACGGCCGGAGACCUCGACGCGAAACCCCUGGGCUACGCCGUGGAGCUAGUGAAGCAGGCCAAGGGCGAGGUGGACGUGGAGUACAUGCGGUCAGUGGCCGACCUGAUGGUGCUGCGCGGGCGGCCCCACUUCACGGUGGUGCGCGCGUACCUGGCGUCGGACGUGACCAAGGCCGGGUUCGGCGACCUGGACUUCGGCUGGGGCAAGCCGGUGUACGGCGGCCCCGCGAAGGGCGGCGUCGGCGCCAUCCCCGGGGUUGCCAGCUUCCUCAUCCCCUUCAAGAACGCCAAGGGCGAGGAUGGAAUCGUCGUGCCGAUGUGCCUGCCCGGCCCAGCCAUGGACAGGUUCGUGGAGGAGAUGGGCAAGCUGUUGAGCCCGCCCGCGCAGCAGCAGCAGCAGCAGCAGGACGCGCUCCUCGCCAUUAGGUCCGCUCUCUGAGUCGGUCGCCCUGGGUGUCUGCCAGUGGUGGCGGAUCAAAACGUCGUUUCGUCGAUCUCGUGUUAUACGUGUAUAAUUGCGUUGCGUGAGUAGCGUGUCAAGUUGAUGUGGCAAUGUUGUUGAGGGGCUCGUCGGUUGAGUGUGCACUGCAGCCGGCGCGCGUUGGUUGCACAGUAGCUUUGUAACUUGUAAAUGUACGCGUCUGCUUGAUUCUCUACUAUAUAAGAUAUUAGUUAAUUAUUGUAUUA